AUGCGGGCGCCCAGCAAGGCCUCAACCUCCGCGGUUGCCUCACUGCGGCCGCCAUGCUGUCAGUCGAUACGUCAACAGCGUCGCUGCUACGCGUCCCGUAGUGGCGAGGAGAAAGGCGGUGCUGACAAGGGCAAGCAAGCUGCGGCGGCAGCUGUGUCCACGACACCCAGCACGGCGACCGCCAAGGCGGUACAAUAUUUCGCCGCCAACGAGAAUAAUGCGGGCGCCGCCGCCCGUGCGCAAGGCAGCGUGGAGCAGCAAGAGCAGCUCUCCGCGGCAACGGCGAACGGCGGCGGUGCUGCCACCUCUGGCAUCCGCACCAUUGGUAUCAAGCUCACCGAGGACGACGAGCUGGUGCGCGCCUUCAACAGCUUCUCCAAGAGCGUCAACGGCUGCACCCAGGAGGAGUUUCUCGUCGGUGCGAAACAGGCCUACUACAGCCUCGCCGUCGUCGUCAGCGCCUUUGUCGAGCAUGUGCAGCCGCUGGCAGGUAGGACAGAGUCGACCAAGACGAUCGCCGCCGCGCAUGAGGCAGCGAAGCUGCUAGACAAGGAGUUUAAGCCCGAGAGUCGCUCCGACGCGGCGGCGGCGGCAUCGCUGGCGUCGAAGGCGGAGGGGGACGGCAAGGACGCCUCCUCGUCCUCCUCGAAGACGGCGCUGCAGGACUCGCUCGUCCGUAGCGUCGUCUCCACGAUUGUCUCCCUCAUCCCCAUCUCGCGGCACCUGGCGGAGUCCAUCUUCAAGAUUUGGCUUCUGCACAAGGACAAGCAGGUGAACCUGAGCAGCAUUGCCUCGCCGGCGGACUACGUGCUGGACUCGAAGCUGGUCAUCUUCGCCCGCUUGGGCAAGGCACGCAUGUACUUUAACUCCAACAAUGUCGGCGCCGAGGUGGACGUGACCUUCAGCAAUGACUACCUGCGAAAGACCGGCGCAGCCGGCAAGGUGGAGGAGGAUGACUUUGACACCGGCAUGAUUCAGGUGCACACCGACACGGACGCCAACGCGCACCGCGCCACGGCAGAGGAGCACACAUUCGUCGUGGACAAAGCCACCCGCACGCUUAUGCCAACCGGCCCCACGGCCGCCAGCACCGCAGCCGCGCCCACGACAGCGUCUGCGGACGAGGCGAGCCACAGUGGAGAGAACUCAGCCUCUGCUGCUGCCCGCGGGGCAUCAGCUGCGGAUAGCGCGAAGUCGUCUGGCACCGCGUCACGCAUUCAAGUCACGUGCGUGAAGUCGGAAGACUUUUCGAGGAAGAGUGCAAGCACGCCAACGGUCGCUGCGACGGCGGUGCCUGACGAGGCCACCGCGAAGACUGCAGCGCCUGAGAAAACCGCGGCAGCGCCCCAAGAAAGCUCGGAGGAGGAGGAGGAGGCGCACUCUGUGUACAUCAAGGUGAACGGCAACAUGCUGCCACCGAUUCCUGCCUCAGCCCAUGCGUGCGCACUGCUCACCGUGGACGUCGUCGUGCCACCGGAGCGGUACGCCUACAACUUUGAGUGGUUCUACAAGCGUAUUGUCGGCUACGAGAACGAGUACGAGCGCAUCGCGGCGGCGCGCGUGUUCGCGUCGAAUAGUCCGAAGCCGCUGGCGAACUUUCUCGACUUCUUCAUGCGCAUGGUGACAGGGAAGCCGGUGGAGUUCAUGUUCUCCAAGGCGAUUGGGCGUAUGAUCGGCAUCCCGGAUGACGUCUCGCAGACCCCGCCGGCGACGCGCAAGCUCAUGUGCAUGUACAUGGACCAAUCGUACAAGUGGGUGCUGGCCGAUCUCAUCACGCUCGCCCCGGUCAUGGAGACGAAGCUGCCCAAGGCGUAA